GACUCUUCAGUAAAAUCCUUCAGCAGGACCACGAAAGUCGCUCAGUCGUUUAAAAGUAGGAAACAUGGAUUGUUCUGCUCCACUUUGACAGAAGCUGCAGCACAGGCAGCUUCUCCAGUCUCUCAGCCAGUCCUCUGUCAGCGGCAGACCCAACGAGAUGCAGCGACAACCGUGGUGACCAGCAACCGCUCAACAAGUCCCAGCACUCGACAGCUGACGCAUCUCGGCCUCCUGUGUCACAGCUCCGCCGGUUCACUGUCCGCACGGGGCCUCGGGCUGUUUCAUGUUGAGGUUUCACACCGAGGUUUGAAGCUGUGGAAGCUCCCGGACGGGGUUCCAGUUCGCGGCUGCAGCCUGGAUGUGAGAUCCGGCCUCGUUGUGCGAUGAGAGGACCGGCACUCCCUCUGCUGCUCUGCCUCGUAGGAGCAGCUGUUCUCGGGACUCGUGGUGAUGUCACAGCCCCCUCCAGCCUGACCGCAGAGGCCGGCCUCCCCCUCCUGCUCAGCUGCAACAUCACCACGGCGGCCGGCAACACCGUCAAGCAGGUCCGAUGGCUCAACGAGCAAGGCAAGAUCAUCCUGGCCUACCAGCCACUUGUGCCAGUACUCAUCAGCUACCAGGAUCCCAGGGUGCAGCUCACCGGGCACCCCGACCACGGCAGCUCCAUCACCAUCACGAGGGUGAGGUCCGAUGACGACGGAUGCUACCGCUGCAUCUUUGACGUUUACCCCAAACCUUCGGAAGAGGCCCGGACGUGCGUCACCGUCACUGGUAAAGUGCAGCUGGAGGGCAACAAGACGGCCACGAGCGGAACCACCGUCACCCUCUCCUGCCGGUACAGCCUCUCCGAGAGGGUGCAUCAGGUGCUGUGGAGGAAGACGGCCGAGCAGGGAGACACCACCUCCGUGGCCGCCUACAGCAAGCAGGGCCACCACAGCGUGGAGGAGCAGUUCAAGGGUCGGGUCACCCUGAGCCGAACUCUGAACACCACCCGGCUGACCAUCCAGCCGGUCAGGACGGAGGAUGAGGCCUGCUACACCUGCGAGUUCCACACGUUCCCCGACGGCAGCAGAAGCGCCACGGCCUGCCUCUCUGUUUAUGUUUUACCCAAACCAGAGGUGACCAAGGUGACCUCACCAUCAGGGGUCACCGAGGCCAACUGCACCGCCCAGUCCCGCCCACCAGCGGAUAUUAAGUGGGACAUCGGAGGGGACAACCGGACAAUUGGACCGCCCGUUUUGUCCGUCUUCGACCAGGGCGACGGCACCACGAUAGUGACGAGCACGCUUCUCUUCCAGUCAGGGCUGAUCAGUGAGCGCUCCGUCCAGUGCACCGUGCACCACCCGGGUCUGAAGACGCCCCUGAUGGUGCCUCUCACCACAAAGGUGAGUCCGGUCGUGGUGAUCCUCCUCUCGGUGUGCGGCGUGGCGGCCGUCCUCCUCCUCUGCCUGUGUGUGUGUCUCUGCAAGUGCUUGAUCUGCACAGACGACUGAUUUGGACCGCUGCUUUGAUGAGGGUCCAGCCGAGCUCUGAGUCUGACCUAUCUGCUCAGCACCGUGCCACAGGACGGGAGCAGAGCUUUCCACGGAGCCGGGCCCGACGCUGCUGACUCACUGCUAUAGACACAAAGUAAACAGAACUAAAACAAUCUUAUUUAACAUAAUAUAUUUUACACUUACAGCCUUAAUUAACUGUCGAUGUAAUCACUGUGAUCAGAGAAGAGUUAGUGGAUGUGUCUUGUGCCAUCACGUUGGGAUCAGAUGAAGCUUUCUAACCUUGAAAAGACGAUUGUUUCAGUUAGAAGUCAGAUCAAUUCUCCUGUGUUGAAUAGAGUGAUAUGUUAUAUAUUUUUUUACAUAUAGAUUGUGUAUAUAUAGCUUUUUGAUUUGCUUCUGGUCUGCUGUUUGAAGUUUUCUGACUGAAAUAGGGAUAUAUUCUAAAUACUAUCCUACCACAGCUGCCUCAUAUCUCCUUCAAUAUAAAAGUUUAUUAAACUGUAAAAGACUUAAAAGAUAUAAGAAAGUAACUGAUUUGAAUAUUUUUCAGUACAGGUUAAGCUGUUUAAAUAGUCAAGUUUAUUUAUAUAGCAAGUUUAAAAGCAACAAUACAAAAUAAAACAAUAAUGUAAAAACAGAGAAUAGAUAGAAACUGCAUUAAAACGUUAUACAUCUCGCGAGAGACAGGAAGUACAAAACAAACGUGUGUGUGUGUGUGUGUGUGUGUGUGUGUGUGUGUGUGUGUGUGUGUGUGUGUGUGUGUGUGUGUGUGUGUGUGUGUGUGUGUGUGUGUGUGUGUGUGUGUGUGUGUGUGUGUGUGUGUGUGUGUGUGUGUGUGUGUGUGUGACGAGCUGUGCGGACGAGCUGUGAAUCACUGUUUGCACGUGUGUGAGAAAGUAACACAUGGCAGGUGUGUGUGUGUGUGUUUCUUUGCAUCAUUGCACAAUACUUCCUGACUGAGUCAAACCAUACACUGAAAAAUAUUACUCCAGAUACGUUUUUCCAAAUUAAAGUAAGAAAUUGUGUUGAUGUAACUUUGUCGAACAAACUUGAUGAAUUGGUUAGUUACCAAUUGAUGUCGUCUUUUUAAGUUGGUCAACACCAAUUUUUCCUGUGUAACAAGAACUAGUUUUGGUUUUGCAGAAAAUGUUAAUGUACCGGGACUUUGUGGAAACUUGUAUUUUUCUAAUGAUCAAACACAGCUCUGGGAAGUUGACAUAUAAUCUACUUUCACACUGAAAUCAAUGAUCUGUAUAGUUUAUUAUAAGGGUUAAAUCUGAUAAGUACCUAUAGUGUUGUUACAAAAAUAAUAAAGCUGCUGUAUAUAUGA